AUGUUUUCAGAAAAUCUUCCUUAUGCAGCCGCCUUGGAAGGCGAGGCUGAAGCUUUACUAAACGUCGUCGUAGAGCGCCUAUGUUCCUCGGCAAAAGCGCAAGAUUGGGGCCCGGGCUGUAGUUAUUGGGUAAAACAGCUCAACGGUUAUCUUGAUCUCCAGCACCCUUUAUCACGCCAAACUCGCGCUCAAUUAGCCCACGUUCUUUUCGAGCUCGUUAUCACACCUGGAAUUGACGCAUCUCAUGCUGAGGUUUUUGCGAAUACCUGUAUACGUUUGCUCAAAAAAAAGGACAAAAUUGGACCGGAGGAUUUAACACUACCAUGGGAACCAUUAUAUGAUAUCAUUCACCGAACUUUUUUCCCAAAAAGUCGACAGAAAACCUUAGUCAAACCAUUAUUAGUAAACAAAUUGGAUCUGUGGUACGUCUGGUGGAAUAUGCGCAAAGAAGCCACAAAUGAAAUUCUUUCUCGAGUGCUUCCUCUUUUUAAUGUCAAUUCUGUUGGAGAUGCAUUCACGGUACAAGCCUAUCUUGUUCGAUUCCUCCCAACUGGGCCAUCUCCCAAAUCAUCUCCUUCCACAUGGUUACCUACUAUAUUCUCAUUUUGGUACCUUAUCCCAGGAUCAUUGGUGUAUCAAAUAGAGUUUAUAGAUCUUGUUGCUCGCGUUGCUGAAGAUAAUGUUGGUGUUGAAGUUAAUAAUCCAGACCAGAUAGGCAUUUUUACUCAAGCACAAGUUAAAACUGUAUUUGCAACUGGUCAAAAAAUGAUGGAUUUGCCUGUGGGCAGUACCACCAACGGCAAUAGUAGUUCUGGAAGAGGUGGAUCAAUGUCAGUAUUGCCUUCAAGAAUGGAUCUUAGAACAGGCAGCGCCAUGCUUUUAAGGAAAAAAGGGGACAAAUUCAAAAUGCUAGCCAGGUUUAUUGUAUAUGCUAUCUUUCCACCCUCUAAUCAUCCCCAAGAGAAAUCAAUUCUUACAUAUUUAGCGAAUAUGAUUCAAGCAACCGAAUCGUAUUAUCAUCCAAGUAAUUUUGGACGAUGGACCUUUUCUAUCGUAAGAUUUUUACAGUUUCUUGGGUGGGAGUUCUUAAAACGAUGGACAGAUGAACACAAGCCAGAAUGUAAGACACCAGAGUCACGGCGUCUAACACCUGAACUUAAACGGCAAUUUGUUCUUAUUCUUAGAGGGGUUACAUUCUUAUCAAUGUUUGGCAAGGACCCAUUAUCUGUUGGAUCGAGUCAAGCUGCGUUAAAAUAUUUAGCCUGGCUAGAACCUUCAUUAAUAUUUCCAGGGUUGUUAGGACGCGUUUAUCCCUCUUUAGAAAAUCUAACAGAGACUCAUAGAACGACAUCAUCCAUAUCAGCUCUUUCGCUUCUGGCGAUUCCACUUUUUUCUCGUGCCCAUUAUCCUGCCGGUGGAAAACAUCUUGCUCCGCUUCUUCAUUUAACAAUUCCUGGGAUUGACAUGAAUGAUCCAAUAAAAACAAUUUCGUCCCUUAUCUUUCUUACGCACGCUGUUAUGGGCGUCCCUUUAAGAGAUUUGACUGAAGGUAGUACCACAGAAUCUGGAUUUAGGUGGGAAGGGAUGGAUAUCGAUGAAAGGGAAGAAGAUCAAAUAGAAAUCAACGUAGAGGAAGAAGAUGCCUUGUGUAAGGCUAGUACUGCUGUAUUUGAGGAUUGGCUUGCAAAAUUUUUAAGGCGCGUUUUCACUAUUUUUGAAUAUCUUCCACAGUCAGAACGUGGCAAGAUGAGUAUGCAAAGCAUGGAAACUGGAUUGGUCACCGUGUUGUUGCAUGCUUGUGAAAUUGUUGGCACACAAAUGUCUGAACAACUUCAGGAUAUGGCUUUAAAAAUGGUUGUAAAUUUUGCAUCAACCACAGUACUUCAAAAUGCUACAAAGCCGAUGGGAUACUUAUGUUCCACUCUUACAAGUCCAGAUAGGCGCAAGGCGCUUGCACAGUUUAUCCCUCUUUGCCAUACAAAUAUUGUUACUGAACUUCAACAUGGCGCAUCAUCUACACCCACAACUUCUCCAACACAUCAUAUACAAUCGGACGCUACAUUACAUUGGUAUCAAUGUAUUUUGUAUCAUGUUAUCAUGUUAAGUGGAUCUGAAUUACUUCGUCACAAAAAUGACUUGUUGUAUUUGGGAAAAGAAAUGGUACAAAAGUGUCGUUCUCGGAAAGGGUACAUGUGGACUGGAAAAUUUAUAAGAAUGUUGUUGGUCGCAUUGACACAAAUUUAUCCUUUGGAAUGUCGAAAUGUUGAUCAAGAGCGAUGGAAAUCCGAAGAAUAUCAGAAAAACCAACACAAACACUGGGUUCAGCCAGGUGAUCCAGAAAAUAUAAAUGUUGAUUGGCAUGUUCCUUCCGAUCCUGAAUUGGAUUUUGCAAUGGAAAUUUUGGAAAUAUUUUUAUUACCAGCUUUAAAAAGGAUUCAAGAUUUAAUGGAUAAUGGGACAGACGAGGAAGGGAAAACAUUGAGUAAUCGAGAAAUGACACACGAGUUUUGUCGUCAUCUGAGUAUAGUUCGAAAUUGCCUUGGCGGAAUGACUACACUUGUUGAAGAUGAUGGUGACAUUGAGAUCUCGGAUUACAAAGAUUGUGAGACUGAAGCUGUUCUUCCAAUAAAAAGUAUUCCAGUGGGUUAUUGUUUUUCAGAUCCAAAUGAUCCACGCAGGCAAACUGCAAGAAAAUUGCGGAAAGAAUUAGGCGAAUUUCUUCAUAAAUUGGUUACACAUUUCCGAACGACACGUGAAGAUGAUGUUGAUAGUUUGAAAAUCCUCCUCAAGAUCAUAAAAAUAUAUCUCACGGACCGUGGCGUAGAAAAAUCAAAAUACGAUGCAAGUAAACGAGGUUAUCAAUAUGCUAAAGGAAUGUUGAAAACUUCUAACCAUGACAAAAAAUAUCCUCGUUAUUUACUAGUCAAGCGAGCAUACCAACAACAUCUAUGUCGUUUGAAGCAAAAUGCAUUUGGUAGGGAGCGAACCCGAUUACAUGAUGAUUUGCUCAAAGAUUUGGUCGAAUUAUCUCUAAGUACUUACUCAGAGAUUAGAAAAAUAGCACAAUCCCAUCUUACAAAUGCUUCUCGUUGUUUCAUUGGUGCGAAGCCUCUUAUUAUUCCUAUUUUGUUGGACGCUUUAGAACCAAGUGAUAAGCCGAAUUCAGAAAGAAUGAAAGGUGCCCUCUAUUUAUUAAGUUCUCGGACAUAUAUGUAUACAUGUUUAAGAGAUUGGAGAUUUGUUCCAUCGUUCAUAAGCCGUAUAUGCCAAGCUCAACAUGAUGACAAGCCUUCAGUCCAAGAAAUGAUACGCAAAGUCUUUUAUGAUUAUCUAUUGAAUUACAACAAUACUGCAUUCAAAACAAUUCUUACGGAUGGAUUAAAUGAUGCAAUAUGUCGAACGUUUGAUACCCUUUCAAUUUCAUUGGAUGGAAAUAUGUUCGAUAAAAUUCGACAUAAAACUGAACAAAGAAUGUCUUUGCAGAAAAAAAACUACUUUGAACUUGUCGAUACGCUUCUAAAUUUGGUCAAAUCUAAUACGCUUCAUUGGCGGUUUGCGUCUAUGGCUGCAAAUUUUUUGGAUCUUUUAGUAAGGCCGGAAGCACCAGCAUCUCCGGAUAUGGUAGAAUUUGCAGCAAAAGGCCUUGUUUCUGAGCUUCCCGCAUUGAGGCGAAUCGCUAUAUCUACAACAACCCGAAUUUUGUUUCAUAUUAAACAACGAACACUUAUAGGUGGCGAUUUAGAGUUAAUAGCUUUAGAAAAAGCCACUAAUCCUUUGAAAAAGACCAUUGAAAUACCGAGACCUUUACCGGAAGGAUAUACUGCCGAAUAUUUAACAACAUGCUUGACUAAAAUCAAUGAAAAUAACGCAACAAAUGUACUAUUUCAAGAUAAGGUCAAUGUUGGUUGGUUUGUUUGGCCUGAUAAUAUUUCUGUGUAUUCACCAUGUACCGAGUCAAAUACAAUGCCAAGUUGUGAAUCGUCCUCUCAAGCCGCGUUCAACAAAUUUCUUGAAAGCUUUAAUUCAUCUACUUUUUGGUCAUCUUUAUUAUCUUAUCUAUCACAAGAAUUUGUUCGUGAUCGAGAAGAUAAUUUCUCGAUGAUCAAUGCACAUCUAUUUAAAAGUAUCUUUCAAAUGUAUGAAGACACUUUCUUGGAAGUUGCUAAACCAGAAAUUACUAAAUUAUGUGAAUCGGCAGAGAAAAAUCAACAGCGUGCUGCAUCUGAAAUUUUAGCGGGUUUAAUUAGAGGAAGCAAACAUUGGAGAUUGGAUAAAUUGCAAGCUCUGUGGGAUUGGGCGAUUCCUGUGAUUGAGAAGACUUUCGCUUCCAUUACACCUGAUUCUCUUGUGUAUUGGGAAAGAUUUCUUGGAUAUUGUUUCCGAAAUCGAGAUCCUAGACGGGUACUUCCUCUUAUUAAUCUAGUUUUGGAUUCAAAACUUGAUCCUACUUCUCAUGCUUCUUUUGCAGAAGCAAAAAAACUUUUUUUCGUAAAUACCCUCAUCAAUUCUUUUUCAUGGCGUAUUAUACCAAGAUCACAAUCGCUACUUAGUGACUAUUUUUCGAACAUUCGUCAUCCUUAUAAACAAGUACGUGAUGUUAUGGCGGCUAAUAUCAACAUAUUGCUACAAAUGCAAUGGCAUCCUUCUGCAUCAAAUGUUUCGGAAAUAAUUGAAUUCAAUUGCAAGACUGUUGAAGGAGUUGGAUAUGUGCCUGUUAUUUUGCCUGGCAACUUAAAUAACAUAAUAACGGAAUUAGUACAAUCAUUAGCGACUUGGCAAGCAGAAAGAAAACCUACAGCAGCUGGUUCAUCAGAAUACGGGAACGCUAGUAAGACAGUACUUGCCUGGCUUUAUGAUGCACUUACUAUCUGGCAAGCAUCUGCUACCUACCCCUUGAUACUCCCUCUGCUUCCUUCAUUGUUCCAAAUGCAAGAUAUAAAUGAUGACCAAGAUCUUCAAGCUGCCGCAACUCAUGUAUUGAAUGUUAUUGCGUCCUUUUCUUAUCCUCCUGAUAUGGUGCAAUUGAUUAUUGAUAAAUUCAUAGAAAUUUUAACUGAAACAUCUAGUUGGCAUGUACGCGUAAAAGCCCUUCCAGUGUUACAAGUUUUCUUUUUUAAACAUCUUUUUAUGUUAAGCGAAGAUAAAAUGAUUAAAGUAAUGGAUGUGGUGUUUGACAUGCUAAAAGACACUCAAAUUGAAGUGCGUCAAUUGGCAGCGGUUACAUUAUCAGGUCUUAUACGAUGUUCACAAAGGGGUGCUAUAGCUACUUUAAAAGAUCAAUUUUUCAAGUUAUUAGACACAAAAAUCCCUCCACGUAAUACUACGCGUAAGGCACCUCGAACGACAUUACCUCAAGGCUUUCAAGAGGCAAUUCUUAUUAGACAUGCGGGCGUUCUCGGGUUGUCAUGCUUAGUUAAUGCUUUUCCUUAUGAAGUUCCAAAAUGGAUGCCUGAGGUGUUGGUGAAAUUGGCAGAAUGCAUUUCGGAUCCUGCUCCAAUACAGGCAACUGUAAAAAAUACGUUUGCGGACUUCAAAAGAACGCAUCAGGAUUCAUGGCAUGAAGAUAUGAAGCAGUUUACGGAAGAUCAGUUGUCUCUUCUUUCCGAUAUGUUAAUUUCACCAUCUUAUUAUGCUUGA